CUCUCUCUUCAGCUAUGCCAACCACACCACCCACACAAGGGCGGCCUGUUGCUGCCCCUUCUCCUCCUUGGCGCGCCUCCCGGAGCGGCUUCGCGUGCUGGAGAUCUCCGGCGCGUCUCUGGACGGCCUCGCGGUCGGCGGCGCCGUCGCCGCGUGCCCCAGUCUCGCCGACCUCACUCUGCUCAAGUGCCAGUGCUCUGGCUACGUGUCCAGCGCUGCCGCCUUGACUUGGUAGCGUGCAUAGCAUCUUGUCCGAGCAGCUGUCUCUGCGUGGUGUCCAGUGGAGCUGGGGCAGCACCCGGUGAUGAACAUUGCGUCCUGUGGUGGUUCCGAUGCGAGGGAGCCUUUUCCCGAGGUCGAUCUUGCUGAAUUCUUCGACAGCCACCCAAAGAUUCGCUCGCAAGUUUGAGAUCCAUGAUGCAAUGCAACCCCGGUCUGCGUCCCGAUGGUGCCCGUCACCUGUUCGACGGAGUGCUCGACCCAGGUCGAUGCCGUCGACCAAGCCCAUGACGCCGCCACCGUCGCAACGGAGGUUCGCAACACCACAACUGCGCUCGGCCCCGAGCUCGCCAUCGUCCUCUGCAACACCACGGCGGCCAUCGGUGUAGCCACCUGUGGUCACCACGACAGGUUCCACGGCCUCAACAUCCCCGUGACAGCCAACAUCAGCCCGCCGCCCCACGUCUAGGCCAUCGUUUUCAAGCAAUGGCCGAGCAGUACCAGUGUGGCCAGAAUUACCCAAGUGUGAGCUUCCGGAUUAAUACUAUUCUACUAUUGACAAUUUUGCUUUACUGGUGACUAUCACCGUUAAUGUUGUUUGUUCAUGGGAACCUAUUGAGCAUCAGUUUACAACUGUUCUUGAUCAGGGGCAUUGGAAGUUUUCUGAACAUGCUGCUGCAGGUAGUUUUCCUAAGCCUAAAAAAAGGCCAGAGACACUGCGGAUCACGACAAUGUCAGUACUCAGGGGCAUGUUCUCCUGCAAGGGCAGCCUAGUACAGUGGAGUGCAAAGAAUUUAAGAGCAACAAUUGUCCAUGUUUUGGGCUCCAAACCAGAGGGAAGUUUGUUGAUACUGAUUGAGUUGGAGACGUGCAUUGCAUAUCUGAAUUCAUGUGCAGUCAGUACCUCUGGGAACUAUAGUCAUUGGCGUUUCUUUGUUCGGUUUGAGAGGCUAUGGGCUCCUGGAACUAAAGAAGUGUCUGAUGAUAAUGUUACUGGCCAGUCUCGGGUGGGCGGCUUUCAGUACACCAGCAGGUGCACUGACACGCUUACUUUCUCAGCAACUGCAGAAUAGCUAUGGGAUUGAGAGCGCAUUCGAGCUAUUGGUGCUCAUAAUGCAGCAAGCUUGUCGCUCUACGCUCACUUAUUGUUUAUCGCAAGCUGGACAACUCUAUUUCUCUGUUGGGUGAGCAGCACUGGCCAUUCCCUGAACCUGAUGUGGAUGCCUGCAGGCGUGAAGACAUACAAGCUACAAUCGAGGGGUGUCCACGGUGGUAUUACUCAUGUGAUCUUCCCAGUGCUCCAGUUGCCGUUUCGACCGAAUACCCUACCGGUGAUGUGCAUAAGUCAUGCGAUCCUGGGAGGGUCACAAGGCAGACUUCUGAUAUUCAACUGUCGCAGAUUCUAAUGGCAAUGGUAAUCAGCAUGAGCGCACCGGGCAUGGGUGGUAUGGUGUCCUCUUCCUGCUACAAUCAAGGACAUUUCCAAGGAAGGUGGGGUGUCGUCGCUGUUGUUGCCGGCUUCGUGCAAGGCUCCGUCGACAGCUUCAACGACUACUUCAGCAUCUCCUUCAACUCGGUCGCCAUCGCCCACAGCUACUACCCCCACGUCGUUCAAGUCAACGCCAACUUCCCCUCUUACCUUUCUUCCUCCUCGGCUCCUCUCGAGAGUGCUUCCUCCAUUCGUGUACCGAUGAACUGUAACCUGCUACUGCAACAGAGAGUGUAGAUCGAACCCUGUGUCCAUCUAUUCCCUUACACUUCACCAGCCAACCAUUACACAAUUGCAGUCACACCAUGCUGAGCAGAAGCUGAUCACCCUCGAGUCCCUAGCCAGGUACGGUCCAGGACUGCGGAGGAUGGUAAUUAGGACCUCCUCCAAGGCUUCAGAGCUCGGAUCAGCCAUGGCGAUCGGAGCUGUGCUGUCGCAACAAUGGAGCUUGUUGCUCUCGCUUGCGGCGCUCGUGGCUCUGUGGUGGGCCUGGAGGGUGCUGGAGCUGGCCUGGGUCACCCCGCGGAGGCUGGGCCGAGCGCUCCAGGCUCAGGGCCUCGGCGGCAGGGCGUACCGCUUCCCGUUCGGCGAUCUGCAGGAGUUUUCCCGGCUGGUCGCCGUGGCCCGGUCGGAGCCCAUGCUGCCGCCGUCGCACGAUAUCACAGCGCGGGUGGCCCCUCUGUACCACAGCGUGAUCAAGGAGCACGGGAAGAUCUCCGUGACCUGGUUCGGCCCGACGCCGAGGGUGAUCGUGAACGAUCCUAAACUGGUGCGGGAGAUACUAGCCAACAAGUCCGGGCACUUCCGGAAGCGCAAGUUCAGCAAUGGCAUCGUCAGGCGGCUGGCCAACGGGCUGGUGAGCCACGACGGCGAGAAAUGGGCCGCUCACCGGAAGAUCAUCAACCCCGCAUUUCAUCUUGAGAAACUCAAGAAAAUGAUGCCCGCUUUCGUUGCCUGCUGCAAUGAGCUGGUAGCUAGGUGGGAGGAUCAUGUGGGAUCCGAUGAGGCCAAGGAGAUUGACGUGUGGCCGGAGUUCCAGAACCUCACCGGCGACGUGAUCUCCCGCGCGGCGUUCGGCAGCAGCUUCAGCGAAGGGAGGAGGAUUUUCCAGAUACAGUCGGAGCAGGCCCAGAAUGUGGUGAAGAUGCUCAACACCCUAUACCUCCCAGGUUUCAAGUUCUUACCAAUGCAGCUCAACAGACGGGUGAAGGCGAACGCGCGCGAGGUCGAGUCGCUGCUCAAAGGCAUAAUCGGCAAGAGGGAGAUGGCCAUGAGAGAAGGCAGCGCCAGCAACGAUGACCUGCUGGGCGUGCUGAUGGAGUGCAACGCCGCGGAGACCAAGGAAGCCGGGAGCACCAAGCCCAUCAUGACCAUGGACGACAUCAUCGGGGAGCUCAAGCUCUUCUACUUCGCCGGAAUGGACACCACCGCCGUGCUUCUCACCUGGACGCUGGUCGCGCUGAGCAUGCACCCCGAGUGGCAGGACCGGGCGAGGGAGGAGGUCCUGCACGUCUUCGGGGACAAGGACCAGCCGGACCUGGACGGCAUAAACCAGCUCAAGGUGGUGGCCAUGGUGCUGCACGAGGUGCUCAGGCUGUACCCGCCGGUGAUCCAGUUCGACCGGCAGACGUACACGGAGGUGGAGCUGGGCGGCGUCAGGUACCCGCCGGGGGUGAUCCUCUCGCUGCCCAUCGUGUUCCUCCACCACGACCCGGACGUCUGGGGAGAGGACGCCGACGAGUUCAGGCCGGAGAGGUUCGCCGAGGGCGUCUCCAAGGCGUCCGGGAGCUCGUCGUCGCCGGCGUUCUUCCCGUUCGGGUGGGGCCCACGGGUCUGCAUCGGCCAGAACUUCGCGCUCAUCGAGGCCAAGAUGGCGCUGAGCAGGAUACUGCAGCGCUUCCAGUUCGGGCUGUCGCCGUCCUACAGGCACGCCCCAUUCCCGGUCUCCACCCUGCAGCCUGAUCAUGGCGCGCCCAUCAUGCUCAAGAAACUCUAGCCGCAACAUGUCUUAAAAUAAAUCUCAGCAUAUUGUAAACCAAGAGAGAUAAUGAGAGCUAGUUAUAAAUCUCAACAUGUAUUUGUUUGUUUUCUGUGGGUUUUGUUUAAGAGAUUGUUAUCAGAGGUGAUCCUCAAAUAGAUUGUUUCAUCCA